AUGGCUCCAUUGCCAAACCUUCCAGAAGUCCUAAUCAUCAACCCACCACCAGCCUUCAUCUCUUUCGAAUCCGACUUCACCAAAAAGUUCAACAUCCUCCGAGCAUGGGAAUCCCCACUCCCUCUGGACCAGUACCUCACCACCCACGCCCAAUCCGCCAAGGCCCUCCUCUGCCGCGCUUUGACUCCGGUCAACGCCGACCUCCUCCGUCAGUUACCGGCCCUGAAGCUCGUGGUGUCCGUCAGCACCGGCGCCAACCACGUGGACAAAGCGGAGUGCCGGCGGCGUGGGAUUGCCGUGACCAAUGCUGGAAAUGCGUACUCGGAAGAUGUUGCUGAUCUCGCUGUUGGGUUGUUUCUCGAUGUGAAUAGGAAGAUUUCGGCAGCUGAUUGGUAUGUGAGACGUGGGCUUUGGAGUAGCAAAGGAGACUAUCCUCUUGGUUCCAAGAUAGGUGGAAAGCGAGUUGGUAUUGUUGGAUUGGGAAGCAUUGGCUAUGAAGUUGCCAAAAGACUCGAGGCCUUUGGCUGCAUCAUCUCAUACAACUCAAGGAGGGAAAAGCCAUCUUUGUCAUACCCCUUCUAUUCCAAUGUCUGUGAACUUGCAGCUAAUAAUGAUGCGCUCAUCAUCUGUUGUGCAUUGACAGACCAAACCCGCCACAUGAUCAACAAGGAAGUCUUAUUGGCAUUGGGAAAAUAUGGAGUGGUGGUUAACAUAGGGCGUGGGGCAAUUAUUGAUGAGAAAGAAAUGGUCAAGUGUUUGGUGAACGGAGAGAUCAGAGGUGCUGGUUUGGAUGUGUUUGAGAAUGAGCCUCAUAUACCGAAAGAGCUGGUGGAAAUGGACAAUGUUGUUCUGUCUCCACAUAGGGGUGUUUAUACACUAGAAUCGUUAAAGAGAGGAAGUGAAUUAAUGAUCGCCAAUCUGGCAGCUUUCUUCUCCAAUAAACCUCUGGUUACUCCAGCCAUGGAUGACUAAAUAUGAUCUUAUUUGCUGGUUUAUUUUGCCUGGAUAUUGUGUAUCAAAGCUAUUUUCUGUUUUACUAAACUGUGUAAGGACCCGACCCAGUUAUAUUUUUUUGGCUUCCAACAUUUUGCCAUUGAAUCGAAGUAAUUGAAGUGAUGCUGCUGAUAUUAUUCUGUUC